UCUGUCAAAUUACCACUGUUGUCUCAGUCACGCAGGAUGAUCUCCGGAGAGAAAAUAUUAAAUAGUUUUCGAGAAUUGGCCCCCUGAAUAGAAAAGAAUCUUUCAAAUUUCAAAGAACGUAUGUAGCCGUGCUGUAAACUUCGUGGAUACUUCAUCGAAAAAGCUGUGUUCGUUUAAAUAGCGAUAUGUCACUUGUUAAUGUUCAUCUUGUUGAAGCCACAUUUCCAUUCACAGGAAGUGAUGAGGAUGAGCUUUGUUUUCAAAAAGGUGAUAUCAUCGAAGUUACCAAGGUUGUUGAAGGUGGAUGGUGGGAAGGUACAUUAAAUGGACGAACUGGUUGGUUUCCAAGCAAUCACGUGGCAGAAGUAUCAGCAAGUCCCGAGACUUCUGUUCAAACUACUUUAAAAACAGACGGUGUUUCCGACAGAGAAAGUGUCAGAGUUUAUCACAAUUUGGUCCUUCAAAAUAUACUGGAUACAGAAAAGGCCUAUGUCAACGAACUACAGUCCUUAUUAAGAGACUAUCUAAAGCCACUCCAGCAAUCAACUGCAAUACCAUCCGACGAAAGUAAAGUACUCUGUGGAAAUUUCGAGGAGAUUGUCAACUUUCAAGAUACUCUUUACGAGGAACUAAAGAAUGUUUCGUCGCAACCACUCGUACAACAACGAAUUGGAGCUGUAUUUUUGAAAACUGCCCCGAAAAUGAAAGAUAUGUACAUCAAGUAUUGCGCCAAUCAUCCCCGGGCUGUUGAGGUCCUGACCAAGUAUAGUGAUGAGCUAUCAGAGUUUAUGGAAAAACAAGGAGCAGAUUCACCAGGAGUUCUUGCACUUACAACAAGUUUAAGUACACUUUUUAGACGACUGGAUAAAUAUCCUACUCUUUUAAAAGAACUUGAAAGACAUUUGGAGGAUGGUCACGUAGAUGAAUUUGAUACGAAAAAGGCAAUUGCUGUAUUUCAAAAUAUCGGGACCAGCUGUCGCGAAACGAGGCGUAGGAAAGAGACUGAACACGAGAUAUUGACUGGAACAAUCGAAGGAUGGGACAAAGAGGAAAUGAAGAAACUUGGAGAUCUUGUUUACAUGUCAUCACUUUUAAUUCACUGCGAUAAUGAGGAAGUGAAGGAAAGGCAAUUCUUACUAUUUCCUGACGUCUUGGUUUUGCUUUCUGUUAGUGAUGAUAUAAGCGGUUAUUGUUUCGAGACAAGCUACAAAGUUACCGAUUUAAAAGUACGGAGUUUGGAAGACACGGAAGGCAUUCUAAACGCUUUAGAAAUAAAAGCUAGCGACCAGACAUUGGUUGUUUCAUCAAACAGCGAGAAAGAGAAAGCUGCCUGGCUCGAAUCUUUGGCCAGCGGUCCGCAUAGUCCAUUAGUGUCCACCGCACAAGGCACUGACUUGCCAGAUCGAGGCCAGGCUAAAGAGCCCUUCCCAUCUGUGCAGAAAGAAAAUGUCAAACCGUCUGAGGCAUUCAUUAAAAGUGAACAAAUCCCAGUAAAGAUCCCCCAGUCGCAUACAUUUCCAAGAACCGAAACAACAACUAUCACGCAAAGUGCAUCAUUGCCACGCUCUGUAGCUGCUCUCACCGAUGCCAACUGUCGUGACAUACCACCACCAUAUCUUCAACACGAAAGAAAAUGGGACUCGACUCAUUUACGUCCCACUCCUCCCCUUCGACCUGCAUUUGUGCUGACGAUGAAAGAUGAUUCUGUGAGUUCACCCAAGUCGGUAAAGACUUUGCUGCAAUCAAACCGUGGAAAGAAAGGUCGCUCAAAAAGUGAAGAUGAAUAUCGUCAAAAUUUUUCAUCUUCAGCUCGAGUGCUUGAAGAAGAUAUGGCGAUACUUGGUGUUAUCGAGAGUUACUGCAAAAGUGCGAAAGAACGAUUAAAUAUCAAAUGUAGCCCAAUACCUCCUACUGUCCCACCUCACAGGCACUCGACUGCAUCAACCCUCAGAGCUGAACGUGAGCAUGCUAAACAAAAGAAAAAGAAAAAGAGCAUAUUAAUAGGUGAGUUCAGAUGCCUGCGAAGUCAAGACGAAGAUUUGCGAACAGAGCCCAUGGAGAUGGAACGGGUGGCAAAGCAACGAGCUCGUUCAGAGAAGACAGAAAAAGUGUUGCAUGAAUCAUUGACGUCACAUAUAUCGCCACAGGAAGGCCUGGACUCGAGUUUCUAAGUCAGAAAGUUUUGCCAUGAUUUUUCUAUAUAUAGCAUAAAUUAGUUAAGAAAGCAACGUCUAUGUCAAACAGAAAUGAAUUUUUACAAUUCAAAGAAUUAUUUUUCAUACUAUUGCUGAAGGAAUGUUCAUUAUUUGACAGUCCUUUACCAGGCAUCAUUGUCUCAAUUGAGAACCUCUCGAUUGACUUGGAAAUACAAACUAAUUUUCUCUGAUUUAAUUCCCUAUUAAUAAGUUCAAAGCACUGAUAUAUAUAGAGACUGGAUGAUGCAACCUAACUCUGGUGCCUAGAAAAUUUUGAAACCAACUUUCGACAGCGGCGGCCAUAUUGGACUGUACCCUCUUAGUGUAUAUUUUAUAAUGAAGUUUUAUCAUAUUUUGUAUUCUUGUUAUUUUCUCUUUCAGAAAUAAUGCCAAAUCUUUUAUUAUGAUAUUUAAGGAACGUGAGAAGAUUUCUAUUUGAAAUUUAGGAAACAUGAGUUUUAGCCCAAAACCGCUCUAUUGCAGUCUUGUCAUCAUAAUUAUUUUUUGUCCCAAGAGUAAAACAUAUGAUCCAAGAUAAAUGCGAGAGUAGAAGUUUGUUGUAUAAAACCUAUAUAAAAACUGAAAACAUGGAUAAUCCAAUAUGGCCGCCACCCGGCUUCAAGUCAAGCACUAAGUUGUGUUAUCCAGGUUCAUGCAUAUCAGUGAUGUAAAGCAGUGAACAUGACUAUGGUAUUUUUAAUACUAUUAGCCUGUCAUACCCAUCAACCUGUCAAUUGAAAAUUUGACCUCGUUGACAUUGUUGUUGCACAGUCCUUUGGUAGAAGUCGUAGACAGUGACGUAGCGCUUAUUAGGUAGGGUUGAACGUUGCUUCACUAAAGAAGGGCCCCAAGGCUCAUCGUUCCAUAAGUUAAGAAACGGUUGGAAAACAGUUGGAAAAUGAAAUAUAAGAAUGUAUUGAUUUGCAUGUGAUGUCGGCAAUUGCACUUUUGUCAACACUGGCCUUUAGCACAUGGUACAGUACAUAUAUGCCGAAGGUAUAGUAUAUGAAUCAGUGGUCUCACUUCGAAGUGCAACUUGCUGAUGUAUAUUGAUGGGGAAAUGCAGUUAACUGGCCCUCGUUAUUCCAAUCACGUGUGCAUUAGUUAUGUUUCAAACAAAAUUUUUCAAUACAAAAAGUGAGACUUCUGCUUGUUCCCUAUACUGUGCCUAAGGGCUCAUUCUACCUUCGUUAAGUCACUGGUCGAAAAUGUGGUGUAUCUGGCAGUUAUUAACUUAUAGUAAAAUAAUUUUUCAAUUGACGUAGUUAAGGUAGUUAUAUCAGCAAUAUUACAGUCGAAUUGCUAUUGAAAUAAUUGUGCAUAUUAUAUUUUUUUGUCCAUAACACCGUGAUAAAUAGAUUAGCAUUGAAAAAAUUUUGUAGAAAUAUUUUUCAAUAAAAAUAGACAACGUA